GGCGGGGCACGCCCACGCCGAACUCUUGGAAACCGGGUUCACCGCACUGAGGAACCGCUCGACUUUACCACCAACACCUUAUCACUCCCCCGCCCAUACUCUCUUGAGUCCGACGAGCAUUCUACAACAACAUCACUAUGUCUCGUUUCCUGACCAAGAAACUCAAGGAGACGCAUCUUGCGCCCCUUGCGAAUACCUUCUCCCGAUCUACCUCGACCUCUACCAUCACUCCCGACCCCAAGGAGGAGAAGGCUAGCACAAAUGGCAGUUCUACGACUCUCAACGACAAUGGCAUAGCUGCCUCUGAGCUCAUCGCAACCCAACCUCCUGCUCCUCCACGACCCGGAAUCCUUAUUGUCACGUUGCACGAAGGAGUUGGUUUCUCUCUUCCCGAACAAUACAAGCAAAUAUUCAACAAUCCGAACCACCAAAACUCCCUCUCACAAGGAAAUGGAUUCGGUGUAGCUGGAUCUGUCCGACCUGGCUCUUCACAACAACAAGGCAGUGUUGCAGGUUCAUAUGUCAGCAGUUCACGACCUCAGACCUCUGGUGGUGGCUUUGCUGGGGUACCCACAAAUCAUGGCCGAAUUUCAUCCAAAUACCUCCCCUAUGCUCUUCUCGAUUUCGAUAAGCUGCAAGUAUUCGUCAAUGCGGUCUCAGGUACACCUGAGAACCCACUCUGGGCUGGAGACAAUACACAAUACAAGUUUGAUGUAUCAAGAGUGACAGAAUUGGCUCUGCAUCUUUACCUCCGAAACCCAAAUGCUCCUCAGGGUGCUGGACGUACACAAGAUAUCUUCCUUGGUGUUGCGCGCAUCAAUCCUCGUUUUGAAGAGAAGCAUGAGUAUGUCGAGGAUCCGAAAUUGGGGAAGAAGGACAAGGAGAAAGCUCAAGCAGAAUGGCAAAAGCAAGAGCAAGCUCUCGGUCACUCAGGAGCACAAUGGGUUGAUAUCCAAUUUGGAACUGGCAAGAUCCGAAUUGGCGUGGACUAUAUCGAGAAUCGAACACGAUCAUUAAAGAUUGAGGAUUUUGAUCUGUUAAAGGUGGUUGGAAAGGGAAGUUUUGGAAAAGUGAUGCAAGUCAAGAAGAAGGAUACCCAGCGGAUUUACGCCUUGAAGACCAUCCGAAAGGCACACAUCAUCUCCCGAUCAGAAGUCGCACAUACCCUGGCAGAACGAUCGGUCCUCUCGCAAAUAAACAACCCCUUCAUCGUACCUCUCAAAUUCACCUUCCAGUCACCAGAGAAGCUAUACUUCGUUCUGGCAUUCGUCAAUGGCGGAGAGCUCUUCCACCACCUUCAAAAAGAGCAAAGAUUUGAUAUCAAUCGGUCGAGAUUCUAUACUGCAGAGCUUCUGUGUGCUUUGGAGUGUCUUCAUGGCUUCAAUGUCAUCUACCGUGAUCUGAAGCCCGAGAAUAUUCUCCUGGAUUACUCAGGUCACAUUGCUCUUUGUGAUUUUGGACUCUGCAAGCUGGAUAUGAAGGACGAGGAUCGCACCAACACUUUCUGCGGUACCCCUGAGUAUCUCGCUCCAGAGUUGUUGUUAGGACAAGGUUAUACCAAGACUGUUGAUUGGUGGACUCUUGGCGUCCUUCUCUACGAGAUGUUGACGGGACUGCCUCCAUUCUACGACGAGAAUACCAACGAGAUGUACCGCAAGAUCUUGUCAGAGCCUCUUCACUUCCCUUCACAAGAUAUCGUUCCUCCCUCCGCCAAGGACCUCCUCACAAAGCUUCUCAACCGCAAGCCUGACCAGAGACUUGGUGCUAAUGGUGCAUCUGAGAUUAAGGCUCACCCCUUCUUCCACAGCAUCGACUGGCGCAAGCUACUCCAGCGAAAGUAUGAGCCUACAUUCAAGCCUCAUGUGACCGAUGCUACUGACACCCAACAUUUCGACAUUGAGUUUACAGGAGAAACUCCGGCUGACUCCUAUGUUGAUGGACCUGUCCUUUCUGAGACCAUGCAGAACCAGUUUACAGGUUGGUCUUACAAUCGGCCUGUAGCUGGCCUCGGAGAUGCAGGUGGUUCGAUCAGGGAUCCCAAUGCAUUUGGCAGUGUUCAAGAUGCCAGGUAAACAUGUGACGCUUGACGAAGGGAUGAUUUGAACUUUCUCGUUCUUCUUCAUAUCACGUGGAGUGAGGUGGGGGUGAAACUGCUUCAUCUUGGCCUAGGAGAUGUCGGAUCUGCAUAGACGAGGAAGUC